AUGGCUGAGGCCCCGGAGCAGAAGUGGACAGAGCCUAAUCCAAGAGAUCUCAGGUCCGGCUGGGAUGGCAGGGGCGGCAGGGGCGGCAGAGGCGGCGGAGGCGGCGGAAGUGGCAGAGGCCGCGGAGGCUGCGAAGGCCGCGAAGGCCGCGAAGAACCACCACUCUGCUUUAAAAUAAAGAACAGCAUGAUCGGUGUGGUGAUUGGUCGUGGCGGAUCAAAAAUAAAAAACAUUCAGAGUAUGACAAACACCAAAAUAUUUAUCAUACAAGGUGAUUCUGAAGCAGUGGUAAAAAUAUUUGGCAGCAAGGACAUGAAAGCAAAGGCCAAAGAGGCUAUAGAAACUAUUGUUAAAAAACAAGAAGAAAGCUACGGUUCAGAAUCCAGCGUUGAUAAUGCUGCAUCCCAAGCCUCUGCUGGAAGAGAGUUAAGCACAGAUAACACUGGUACACAAGCUCGGCCUUGGAUAGAUUGGGAUCGAGUCAGGGCAGGAGUUGUUGAGUGGAAUAAAAGAAAAUGGGCAGGUUUACCACCAAUUAAGAAAAAUUUUUACAUAGAAUCCCAAGCAACAAGCUCACUAUCUCAAGUUCAGGUAGACAACUGGAGAAAAGAAAAUUUCAAUAUAAUAUGCGAUGACUGGAAAGAUGGUGAAAAACGUUCCAUCCCCAAACCAACUUUGAAGUUCAAAGACGCUUUCCAGCACUAUCCUGAUCUGCUUAAAAACAUCGAAAAAGCAGGAUUUCAAAAGCCAACACCAAUUCAAUCACAGGCGUGGCCAAUUAUUCUACAAGGGAUAGAUCUUAUAGGAGUGGCCCAAACUGGAACAGGCAAAACACUGUCUUAUUUAAUGCCUGGGUUUAUUCAUCUCAAUUCUCAACCAGUAUCUAGAGAAGAAAGAAAUGGACCUGGCAUGCUAGUCCUUACACCGACUAGAGAACUAGCUCUUCAAGUGGAAGCUGAAUGUUCUAAGUAUUCAUAUAAAGGUCUUACAAGUAUCUGUAUAUAUGGCGGUGAAAGUAGAGAACAACAAAUAAAAGACAUUGCCAAAGGUACAGACAUCAUUAUUGCAACUCCCGGACGGCUGAAUGAUCUACAAAUGAAUAAAUCUGUCAACCUAAAAAGCAUUACCUACCUAGUUCUAGACGAAGCAGAUAAAAUGCUGGAUUUGGGAUUUGACCAUCAAAUAAUGAAGAUCUUAUUCGACAUACGCCCAGAUCGGCAGACAAUUAUGACAAGUGCAACUUGGCCAGAUACCAUUCAUCGACUUGCACAAUCUUAUUUGAAAGAGCCUAUGAUUGUUUAUGUUGGUACUCUUGAUUUGGCUGCCGUAAACACAGUAAAGCAAAAUGUAACUGUUACCACAGAAGAAGAAAAACGAUCUCUUAUACAAGAAUUCCUACGAAACUUGUCGCCCAAAGACAAAGUCAUCAUAUUUGUCAACAGAAAACUUGUUGCUGAUGACUUAUCCAGCGAUUUAAGCCUCCAAGGCAUACCUGUACAAUCCUUGCAUGGCAGCAGAGAACAGAGUGAUCGUGAGCAAGCAUUAAAUGAUUUUAAAAGUGGAGAUGUGAAAAUAUUGAUUGCUACUGAUUUAGCAUCCCGAGGUCUCGAUGUUGAUGAUGUCACACACGUAUAUAAUUACGAUUUUCCACGGAAUAUUGAAGAGUAUGUACACAGAGUAGGGCGUACCGGAAGAGCAGGGAAGAUGGGAAUAUCUACUACACUUAUGACUCAAAGCGACUGGAAGAACGUCCCCGAAUUGAUUAAAAUUCUGGAAAGAGCAAAUCAAAGUGUCCCAGAAGAUCUUGUAACAAUGGCUGAACAACACAAGUCGGGAAAACGAAAGAAGAACUCAAGAAAAAGACACAAGAAAUCUCGAGGAAAACCCUAGCAGUUUUAUUGA